CAUCAUCUUUGUCAGUGAACAAAAUGGCGCCGUACUGUGUCCUGGUGACUCGCCUGCAGCAAGUCCUGAGUAAAGGUGUACGACGGUACCAUGUAGCUCCUGUCCUGUCCGAGGCCAAGGUGGCCAUGAGCCACUUUGAGCCUAAUGAAUACAUAAAUUAUGAAAUGCUUGAGAAAAACAUCAAUAGCGUCCAUAAAAGGCUAGACCGUCCCCUGACCCUGUCUGAGAAGAUUGUAUAUGGGCACCUGGAUGACCCUUUGAAACAAGAUAUCGAGCGGGGCAAAACCUAUCUACGCUUGCGGCCAGACCGCGUAGCCAUGCAAGAUGCGACUCAGAUGGCAAUGCUGCAGUUCAUCAGCAGUGGCCUGCCCAGGGUGGCGGUGCCCUCCACGAUCCACUGUGAUCACCUCAUUGAAGCCCAAUUAGGGUCUGAGAAGGAUCUUCGGAGAGCUAAGGACAUUAACCAGGAGGUGUACAACUUCCUAGCAACAGCAGGUGCCAAGUAUGGAGUAGGGUUCUGGAAACCUGGAUCAGGAAUCAUUCACCAGAUCAUCCUGGAGAACUACGCGUACCCUGGGGUUUUGCUCAUCGGUACGGAUUCCCACACCCCCAAUGGAGGAGGCCUGGGUGGAAUCUGCAUAGGAGUGGGCGGAGCUGACGCAGUAGAUGUCAUGGCAGGCAUCCCCUGGGAGCUCAAAUGCCCAAAGGUUAUUGGCAUAAAACUGACUGGUGAGCUGUCAGGCUGGAGCUCUCCUAAAGAUGUGAUCCUGAAAGUGGCCGGCAUCCUCACUGUGAAAGGUGGCACAGGUGCCAUCAUCGAGUAUCAUGGGCCUGGUGUGGACUCAAUCUCCUGCACCGGAAUGGCAACUAUCUGUAACAUGGGGGCGGAGAUUGGUGCCACCACCUCCCUUUUCCCAUAUAACCACCGGAUGAAGAAAUACUUGAGCAAGACUGGACGAGCUGAAAUUGCUGCUUUGGCAGAUGAAUUCAAGGCACACUUGGUGCCUGAUGCUGGCUGUGAAUAUGACCAGCUGGUUGAAAUUAACCUCAGUGAGCUGAAACCCCAUAUCAAUGGGCCUUUCACGCCAGACCUGGCACACCCUGUGGCAGAUGUUGGCACUGUGGCAGAAAAGGAGGGCUGGCCAGUGGAUAUUAGAGUUGGUCUGAUUGGCAGCUGCACCAAUUCAAGCUAUGAGGAUAUGGGGCGCGCCGCUGCGGUGGCAAAGCAGGCACUAACACAUGGGCUGAAAUGCAAGUCUCAGUUCACUGUCACACCUGGCUCAGAGCAGAUCCGAGCCACCAUUGAAAGAGAUGGCUAUGCUGGAAUCCUGCGGGAUGUUGGAGGGGUGGUUCUUGCCAAUGCCUGUGGGCCAUGCAUUGGGCAGUGGGACAGGAAAGACACCAAGAAAGGAGAGAAGAACACAAUUGUUACAUCCUAUAACAGAAACUUCACAGGCCGCAAUGAUGCUAACCCAGAGACGCAUGCAUUUGUGACCUCUCCAGAGAUUGUCACAGCCCUGGCUAUUGCUGGCACCCUGAAAUUUAACCCUGAGACGGACUCCCUGACAGGAGCUGAUGGGAAGAAGUUUAAACUAGAAGCACCUGAUGCAGAUGAGCUGCCCACCCUGGAGUUUGACCCAGGCCAGGACACCUAUCAGCACCCCCCCAAAGAUAGCAGUGGGCAGCAUGUAGAUGUAAGCCUCACCAGCCAGCGCUUGCAGUUGCUUGAGCCCUUUGAUAAGUGGGAUGGCAAGGAUCUGGAAGACAUGCUGAUCCUCAUCAAGGUGAAAGGGAAAUGUACUACCGACCACAUCUCUGCAGCCGGUCCCUGGCUCAAAUUCCGUGGCCAUCUGGACAAUAUCUCCAACAACCUGCUGAUCGGCGCCAUCAAUAUUGAGAAUGGCAAAGCCAACUCAGUGCGGAAUGCAUUAACCCAGGAGUUUGGGCCAGUCCCAGACACAGCCCGCUACUAUAAGAAAAAUGGCAUCAAAUGGGUGGUUGUUGGGGAUGAAAACUAUGGUGAGGGAUCGAGUCGGGAACAUGCAGCAUUGGAACCACGUCACCUGGGAGGCAGAGCCAUCAUCACAAAGAGCUUUGCUAGGAUUCAUGAAACCAACCUCAAGAAGCAAGGUCUGCUGCCUCUAACUUUUGCUGACCCAGCUGACUACAAGAAAAUUCAUCCUGUGGACAAGCUGAGCAUUGUGGGUCUGGCAGAUUUUGCACCUGGAAAGCCCCUGAAAUGCAUCAUCAAGCAUCCUAAUGGGAAUCAGGAAACUAUCCUGCUGAACCACACCUUCAAUGAGACACAAAUAGAAUGGUUCCAUGCUGGCAGUGCCCUGAACAGAAUGAAGGAGAUGCAGCAACACUGAAACAGCUGCAUGUACACCCAGUGGACUUGGCCCUGACAUCUUCAUAAAAGUGCAAUUCCAUGGCUGUUGGACAUGUCUGAUCAUAUGUAACCAUAGCUUCUUUUUUGUACCUGUAUUAGUUCACUGACACUGAACAGGGAGUGCAGCUCAGCUUGCUGCUGCGUGGUUUCCAAACUCUCUAGCUCUUUGGUUCAGAUUUCACUUGUAUUUAUUUUUGAAGAUAACUACUCAGUUAGCUUUUUCUGCCCAAUCAUUUCAUGGAUGGCUGAAGAAAUUUAAAGUAAGACUUCUUGGUUCUUGUGAAAACAUAAAAUCCAAAAUAAAGAUUCUGUGAUGGA